AUGCCGCCGAGCGACGCAGACACAGCGGAGAGAUGGCGAGACGGCGAGAUGCGGCGCGAGGCGGCCCGUCGAAGCCAAAGCGCCCUUGGUUCCGCUCAAAGUCGACGACAACGCGAGCUCAUUGGCGGUGCCCACGAUCUGCGAAAGCGUGUCCAGCUGGCGGCGGCACGGCCAUGGGAUAUCGGGCAGAGCGAGGCGGGAGAGCAGGAGUGUCGAGUGGCUGCCGCGGUGUCGCCUGGUUUCGGGGAGUUUGGGCUUUUGGCGUGGGGUUGUCGACAGCGAACUAGCGAGCAGAAUAGGCGCGCAGAAUAUAAUCAUCCGUCGUGA